UUAUUAUAGCAUAUCAACAUAAUACAAUGUGUUGGUAUACAGUGUGAUUGUAUUUCAGCUAUUAAUCAUGAUUUACAAAUCAAAUGGAACGUUAUUUUCAACCAAGUGGUCAUGCCUUCAGAGGGAAGAACUAAAAUCCACAUUUUACUUUCACUUUCACAGCCUCGGUAGGCAAGGUUAUGAACCACAUAGUGUUUUAGCAUAUCUCAUUUGAACUUACUUUUAUUUACUAUAGAAAUAAACGAACGAACUAACAAAGAUGUCCAAACUUAAGCUUAUCAGAUUGUGCUUCUGGUUUUAUCUGGUGCGAACGGUGGUCUCCAAAGAUCAUAAAGUGGGAGGUGAGCUCGUGUUGACGCCGGACAAGUCCACAGUGACUGACCCCAUCACAAGCAUCCUAUGGAAGCAUGGGAAGAACAAGGUGGCAGAGUGGGACCAGGAUUUUGGUGGUCUGGACAUCUAUCCUGCCUUCAAAAACCGUACAACCCUGGACAAUACUACUGGAGAGCUGAGAAUCAGUGGAUUGAUGAAAAACGACAGUGGAGUUUAUUCUGUGGAGUUUAACAGCAAACUGCUUGACCAGACAUAUACACUGUCUGUUAUCAAGGCAGUCCCCAAACCCACCAUCACUUCUUCCUGUAACCCAGACAAAACCUCCUGCACUCUGACCUGUGAGGGCAACACCACUGAUGCUGAACGAGUCACCUACAGCUGGAAAGUGGGGGAGGAGGCGUGGGAGGUCAUAGGAAAACAGCUGAUUGUCUCUAAAUCAACCAAUGGUAUCAAGUACACCUGCAAGCUGAGUAAUGAUGUUAGUUCGAAUGUCAGUGAGCCAGUUGGAGAGGUGUUUGGUCCAGAGCAUUCCAGUAUCGGUGCUGUUGUUGCUUUGGUUGUCGUUACCAUUGUAGUGUUUGCUGUCAUAACAGGAUUUUUGGUGUGGAAGAAAAAGACAGGGAUUUCACUAACGGGGGAAGACAACGCAGACAAAACUGGAAAGGGGCAGGGGAAUGGAGCUAAAGGCAGUGAUGUAGUCCAGCCAGAACAAGCAGCUGAAGCCAGCGGAUCCAACAGUCCUACAGUUCAGUCCAAGCUUGAGGCUGGUGGUCUUCCUGGUGGGGUAACUGAGGACCAGAAACAUGGGGUUUGAAGGCUCUCAGUACAUGACUCCCUAUGUUACAUUGAGACAAAUGACCAAGAAGAGAGAAACAUGUUUGAACUGUUGGAGAUGUUUUUAAUGAAAUGUACAUUUAAAAUGAGGGAAAACAACAGGCGAACGUUGCACAAAGUAACAUGCAUUCAAUCAGAUGAAGUACAGUGAGCUACAAAAGUAUUGUGUCAGUGACAUAUUUUGUUGUUUUGGCUCUAUAUUCCAGCACUUUGGGUUUGAAAUGAGAUCAUGACUAUAAGGUUAAAGUGCAGUCUAUCAGCUUUAACCUGAUAUGGAUGAGAAUAACCUCAAAUUAAAGCUGACAGUUUGCACUUUAACCUCAGUUGUUUUAUCAUUUCAAAUCCAAAGUGCUGGAGUACAGAGCCAAAACAACCAAAAAGUGUCACUCUUCCAAUACUUUUGGAGCUCACUGUAUAAUGUGAUGAACAGUGUGCUUUAUGAACUUACAGUACUUCAGAAAUAUGAGGGCAAUAUUUGUAUCUCAGAACAUUUUGAUGGUGGAAAAAAAAGUAUGUUAGACUUUGUGGUAAAUAGCUUUGUGGAUUAUUAUCCUUUCUCAGUAUUCAUGCCUCGUCUUUACAAAUCUCAAUCAAUUUGUGCAGGUUGUUUGAAGACAUAGUAUCAAUCACUUUGUGGUUGUAUGAUUCCUUUUCAGGUAUUUUCUCCAGAGCGCUUUAUGCCAACCCAAUGCACUUUCUGUUUUAAAUCGCAGCUUGUGAAUGUCUUAAUUGACUCAUUCUAAAAGCCUUCACUUGACUUAUGUCAAGUCAUUUGUACAGCUUGUUAUUCUUUUAAUUAUAAGAAGGAGAGCGCUGUAGUACAGAGAUGUAUUACUAAAACAUUUUAAUGCCUUAAUAUUUGAAUGUUGUCUUCGUCAAAUUACCAUCUGGUAAAUAUCUGUUUUCACAAUAGAAUUUUGUGACUAGGAUUUAAAGAUGUAUAUUACUUUCUCUAUCUGUACAUCAGUCUGUGAUGGACCAUAGUAAGGGGUACCACUUGUUGCCACCAGAUUGUUGAGAACAUUUGUUGGGAAAGACCACUAACCUGGUAUAUCCCAGGUUUUAGUUUUGUUACUGGUAUGUCUCCGGUAAUUCUGUUACAGAAGAAGUUAUGAAUUCAGACCAACCACAUUGCUUUAUUUUAGCUCUGGACUGUUCUAUAAUGGAGUCCUGGCACAUGCAAAUGACAUGUAGCUGUACAAUCAUUGUAUGUAUCUCUGUUUAAACUCCAGAUUUCACGCUGUAGUGAUGUGUUGAUGACUGAAUGAUUGUGUUGUACACAACAUCUGAACACCAAGUCUGUUUCAGCACUUUGGCUUAAGAUUGGGGAAAAUACAAACGUGAUUGGUGAAAGCAAUACAGAGGAAGGUCCAUAUAGGGCUGGGUUCAGACAUCACUAACAUACAUAUCCCUAUCUGAACCCUUCAGAUCUGUGAAUACUGAGCCGGGGAAAGGGACUAGUUAAAACUAGACUUAGAGAUCAGUCUCGUUGCAUGUACCGGAUGACUUCUCAGCUCGGUUCGCUUAACGGAUCACACAACAGGACAGACAAUUCCUAAAUCAAGUGUCCACUCCUUCCUUCUGAGACAUGCUGCUGUGCAAAACAAAUGCACUUGAAAGCGCAGUGUGUUUAUUUUAUCUGCAACAAUUGCAUUCCAGCCUGCAUGUCCUGCCAAUCCUUUGUGAAUUUGAGGUGUUUGAUAUUUAUAUUUUUUCAAUAAAGGAGUUGAUGAGUUCUA